AUGGUCCGCAAGGGGCGUCCCACUCUGUGGGAUGAACAGCAAGAUCGUCAUGGAAGGCCAACUCCCCGGUCACCGCCUGUAGCAUGGAAAUUCCCAUCACCUCUCCCCAUCAUCGACCAGGAACAAAUCGUCGUCAAGGCUACAGAAAUGCCCCACACAGGCCUCAGGAGGAGUGGGGAGAACUAUGCCAACACGCCAGGAUUUGCGGGGGAUAGUAGAGAGCGGAACCGCCGCAGCUACAAUGUACCCCACGGGGGCACCCCAAGACCCCUCCAGGAGGUCACCGAGAAAUCCUUGAGUGCACGGCGCAGCCCAGCUCGUGCCCCCCGGCACCUCCUCGGAGACACCCCGAGAUCCCUGCGCGCAUGGCGCAGCCCGAGCUCGCUCCCUCGGCCCCCUCCACUGGGACACCCAGACCCCCCUGUGGACACCCCGAGGCCCCUCCUCGCGGUCACACCAGACCUCGUCGAGGACACCCUGGACCUCUGCGGACAUCCCGAGGCCUCUCCUCGAGGGCACCCCGAAACUCCUCGUGGACACCCCGAACCUCUGCGGACACCGCGAGACCCCAGCUUGAGGACACCUCGGAAUUCCUUGCAGACACCGCGAGAGCCCCGCGGACACUCUGACCCUGCUUGGGGACACCCCGAGGCCCCUCCUCGCGGACUCUCCAGAUCUCCACUGACACUCCGAGGCCCCUCCUUGUGGACAUCCCAGAUCUCCGUGGACACUCCCAGGCCCCACCUCGCGGGCAUCCCAGAUCUCCCCAGACACCCCGAGGCCCCCAUGGACACGCGCUCACGUUACCUGGCGCCCCGGGAAGCGCCAGGCCGCGCCUUCCCGUGCCCCCAGCCCGCGGAAACCCAGCCCCAGUCGCUCGCGCAGCGCUCUCCCCCGGGCUCGCGGGGAUCCCCGCCGCGCCGUCCUCCCGCAGCCUACCGGGCCUCCCGGCCGCCCGCUGCAGGCCUGCGCAGCGCUGGCGUCUCCCGGCCCGCGGCCCUGCACGCGCACCAUCCGGGCCUCCGGCGCCGAACACACGUGUCACAGCGAUGCUUAAAGGCGCCGCGCCCUGCCGUGCGAUGA